AUGAUUUAUUUAUCAGAACGUCGAGUCUCAGCAUCAUGGACAGAAAAUUUGGAGCCAUCUAUGGAUAUAAAAUCGCCUCCAGCAAUCAAAUCACCAGAAGAAAAACCUGGGCCAUCUCGAGAAUUAGCCUCCGGUACUGAGAUGGAUGAAGCUUCUUCUAUCGAAGGCAGAGCAAAAAGGGAAGAUAGUAGAGAAGAAAAACCAGAGAAAAGAGGACGACGCGGAUCCAUUGGGACAAUCAAGGAUCAAUUAUUGAAAUUUAAGAUGAAGGCUGGUAAAGUACUAGAAGACGUGCAUGAUCGUCUUGUUGAAGAUCAUUCAUCCGUAGCAGUCGCGCCAUUAUCGGUAAGUUUCCAGGAGAUAUAUGGGGAAUUGGCAGAGAGCCAAAAAGAGGCGUAAGG